CACAUCAGCCAACCUUCCGAACAAUACAAUACACGGCCGUCGGUCGAGUCUCACUUUAUCAUUGUUAUUUUUGACUGCGCAUCGAGCGCAUCCAAUAGCACGGCACAGCUACACGCGACAGCCUCGCGGGGCUGAUUCCAUCAGCCAUGGGCCCAACCCACGUCGCAUCAAUCUCUGCUGUCUAUGAAGUAUAUACCUCUCACUCAUGCUAUCUCGGGAAUCGUCAUGAUACCAUACCUCUACAACGAUGUCCGCCCUGGUCGCGAAUGCCUCCCCAUUGAAGGCCGAAAUUCGUCUCGCCCAAGCAGUCUCAGAAUUCGAGGCUGACCUCUCGAGCGACCAGAAAGCAAUGUUCCGCUCCUACAAAGCGCAGACAUGUAGUUCUCCUCCGACUCCAGAUGAUGUUAUGCUCCUCACGGCCCUGAUCGACCGUCGCGCGAGUGGGAAGGUUGUUGGUGGGCGGUGUUUUGGGCCCAGAUUCUGCAAUGUUCUGCAGGCUGUCCAACAAUUCGCUGCCCUUGGAGAUAUACUCAUUGGAGGAUCGCAGAAUCUCAUCGCAUGCGGUGUUUGGUCGCUUGUCCGAAUGACGCUUCUUAUGUUUGUCACCUCCAACUCGUACCUCGAAAAGUUAUCUCAGUUAUUCAUGACGGUCGGUCGGUCAGCGCCUCGUUACCAAAUGAUGGCUCUCCUCUACCCGCGCUCGAAGAUUCUGCAGUCGAGUUUAUCGGAAUACUUCAUUGUUGUGGUUCGCCUUUGCCAUUCGUUGCUGAAGUUCACAAAGAAGUCAAGUUUAGGGCAGGUCUUUUCCUCUUUAAGCGAUUCUGACAUAAAGACCGCCGAAACGCAGCUCAUCGCUUGGGCAACUUCAAUCAAAGAGGAAGUGGUCCUCCUGUCGAGCAAAAAGAUCGAAGAAGAAGCUCAAGAGAAUUCUCGGUUUAGAGCUGUAUCGAGCCGUUUCUCGGAAACCGCGUCGCAUCGCAAGAGGCUGGAGAGGAAUCGAAGGGUUCUCAAUGCUUGCUCCACAUACGACUACGAGACAACGUGGAAACAAAUCCGAAAGCUGGGCAAUACAACCCUGUUGGAUCAAAAUGCUGAAUAUCAAAAUUGGAAGAUUCCAGACACAUCUGCUACAUCCUCUACGUUCAUAUGCAUGGGCAAGUUGGGAUCAGGGAAAUCAGUGUUACUGGCCAAUGCCGUGGAUGAUAUUUGUCUCCAUGUGCAAGAAAAAAGAAUUGGAGUGGCCUAUUUCUUUUGCCGUCAUGACAUACUGGAAAGUUUGCAAGCAAGGGUGGUCUUUGGAUCUUUAGCUCGACAAUUGCUGCGUUCAUUUCCUGAUCUUUCUGCCACGGAGGAUCUCCUUGAUGAAAAUGCUCCUGUCCUUGGCAUUGAUGAUAUAUAUAUCUUACUUCAACGGACUAUAUCUCCGAACUUUAAGGCGUACUUCAUACUCGAUGGAUUGGAUGAGUGUUCACAUGCAGAAAGAGAGGAGUUGGUCUACCAGCUUCGGAGGCUCCAGAAGAUUUUCACGUUGUUUAUCUGUCUUUCGUACAGGCUAGAGGCUGGCAACAACUCGAAGCUUCAAUUUCUCAUCAACCCUACCAUCAUUUCAAUUCCUGACGCUAAUCCUGAUAUUGAAGACUAUAUUGUAGCGGAAUUGGAAAACUACUUAAAGUCUGGAACGCUUUCAAUUGGCGAUCCUGCGUUAAUCCUCGAGAUACGAGACGCCCUCUUGGACGGAGCGCAGGGGAUGUUUCUCUGGGUUAAUCUGCAGCUCAAGUCAUUAUGCGUCGAGCAGACAGAUGAGGCAAUCCGCCAAGCGCUUUCAAACCUUCCUAAAGAUCUUCCGGAAACCUUCUCUCGUAUCUUGGAUCGAUCAAAAGACCAAGGUGGCUCUUACCAGCAAAGGAUCCUAGAGCUUGUUAGUAUUGCUCAACGUCCUCUAACGACAGAGGAACUUCGAGAAGCUUUGAGCGUUGUCCCUGGAGAUACGAAUUGGAAUUCAACAAGGCUGAUAAAUGAUUUCGGCUCGACGUUGCUGUACUGCGGAAGCCUUAUUAUGGUUGACGAAGAGGAACUCACGGUCAGGGUUAUCCAUCAUAGUGCUAAGAAAUUUCUCCUCAGUGGCAGAGGCACUGCAUCGGCCAUACCUUUCUCAUUCAAAGCUGCACACACGCGUAUGGCAGAUAUUGUUAUCACCUAUCUCAACUAUGGGAUUUUUGAGACACAAUUAUCUUCGAUUGUGGUUCCACAGAUCAACAUAGCGUCCACUCCGUCCAACAUCGUCCGGUCGAGCAUGAGUUCCUCCAGCGUCGUUCGCUCCCUUGCAUUGCAACUUUUGGUACCCAGGAAUCAGCUAAACCAGGACAUCGGGAAGGUACUCGCGGGAGCGAGUAAGCAUUUUAAAGCUCGCCCCAUCGACGAACACCACUUUUACGCUUACGCUAAGCUCUUCUGGUUCUAUCAUACUUGGACUGUCCGGGCAGAAAGCGGCGCUCCAAUGUGCGACUUGUUGCGCAGAAUUGAAGAAAAUGCGCUGGGGUCCACCGUCAACAUUUUACCUAAAGACUAUGGUAAGCCGUUGCUAUGGGCCACAAGGUGUGGGUAUACGAACAUCGUGGAAGAUCUACUUCUCGAUGAGCGCUUGGUUGACAUAGGAGAAAAAGAUCCCGCUCUACUCUGGGUGGCAAUCGUAAAUGGGAAUGACGCUAUUAUCAAGCUGUUACUUGACAGUAGAAAGGUGGGACCAGAAGUGAUAAAUGGAUCUAGAGGUUCUACAGACUGGGCGAGUCCCAUUUGGUGGGCUAUGACAGUGAUAAACGAAGGCAUGCUGGAUAUGCUACUCAGGUGUGACAAGACCGAUCUCAGUAUAACCAAUGAUGCUGGUGAAACACUACUUUGGUGGGCUCUUAAAGGGAGACAAUUAACCGCCAUGAAGCAACUCCUCGAUUCUGGCAGAAUUGACCCUAAUGAAACCGGACAAGAUGGCGAGACACCGCUCUGGUGGUCCAUUUCACAUCAAGAAUACCAACCUAUAGCGCUACUGCUCAAGAAUAGCAAGGUCAACGCCAAUAUCAGGAAUGCGGAUGGCUACACGCCACUUGCUCAAGCCGCCAUCCGAGGAGACGAUUUUAUGGUGCAACUAUUACUAAGCAGUGGUACAGUCAAUGGCAACGUCGAAUCGAGCGAUGAGCCAUAUCCUACAGAGCUACUGUACAAUGAGAGCCGCAGCCGACCAGUGGAGGCUAAGAAAUACUUGCCUUACCACCACACCAAUAAAGUCAACGUCAACGCAGCCAACGCACAAGGUCUUACGCCCCUUUCUUGUGCUGCUAGUAGAGGGCAUCGGGAAAUUGUCGAGCUGCUACUUAAUACCUGUAAUUGCAAAACUGGGGCUAAAGAUCAUGAUGGUAACACGGCGUAUAAGCUAGCACAUCAGAACGGCCACGGAGGAGUUUGCAACAUACUGUUGUCCUACGUCGAAGAAGGGUUUGUGUCUAAGAAAUCGACUAGGUUGACUACCAUCGAGGAAGAGCGGCCAAAGCGGCCAAAGCGCGCCUUGGCAGAAAGCCAAGUCAUACUCCAUAAGUCUGAUAGGUAUGCGAGGUACAGCUCUAGGUCUCCAGAAUCCUUCGAUUCUGGAUAUGAGGAGCGAUUCGGGGAGCAACGCGGCGGUCGUCGGGAGCCUCUUCCCCCCUAUCCGAUCCAGAUUGGAGGACGUCUCGGACAUCCUCGUAAUGGGACUGCGGAUUCAACCAGCCAGUCACCAACACGAUCCAGAUCUGUUCGACGCCGACCGUCGGAUGCGCGCCCCAGAACACCAAGGAGAUCUGAACUGAGGGAAUAAGUGUUCGUGUUGCUGCUGUCGUCCCUGGAUGAUACGAUAACUUUCAUCCUCGAGAGCCUGAUUGGGAUGCCUACUCGAGAAGGAUUGGAAUCUUCCUCGUCAGACGGCAUCACAGAUCUCAAUCUUUUCCGAGGCUCAAAAAUUCCACUCCGCAGCACUCAAAACUCAAAGAUAGCGUUGUACUGUACCUAUCGAGGAAUAUCUUGGGCCCAAGUUUCACACGCUCAAGCACGAGUUGAAGGGGAAAGCACAAACGUGCUCGAAGAAUGAAAUGUUGAUCGCA